CCAGCGGCCGAGUAAACAUGGAGCUGUCGGCCGUGGGAGAGAGGGUCUUCGCCGCCGAGGCCUUGCUCAAGAGGCGCAUCCGCAAAGGUCGUAUGGAAUAUCUGGUGAAAUGGAAGGGCUGGUCCCAGAAGUACAGCACCUGGGAACCUGAGGAAAACAUUCUAGAUGCUCGCCUGCUUGCAGCUUUUGAGGAAAGGGAAAGAGAAAUGGAACUUUAUGGCCCCAAAAAGCGAGGUCCCAAACCGAAAACCUUCUUGUUAAAGGCCCAGGCAAAAGCCAAAGCUAAAACCUAUGAAUUCCGUAGUGACUCUUCUAGGGGAAUCCGGGUGCCCUACCCAGGAAGGUCCCCCCAGGAAUUGGGUUCUACUUCCCGGGCUAGAGAAGGACUGAGACAAAUCCCCCUGCCCCCUCAAAGCAGCUCCACCACCGUGACCACCAACACCUCCAGAGUGGAAACAAUCCAGGAAAACAGGGUUGGGGCUGAGGAGGACCGAUCUGAAGGAGCCUUGAAAAAGCGAGGCCCAAAACCCAGGAAAGAGCUUUACAAAGACCUGCCUGAGCCUCCUGAUGCGGCCUCCAAGAGGAAAUCAAUGGAACCAGGAGACAAGGUGGUGGUGGAUUACCUAAAAGCCCGGAAGUUGGAAGAGGCUGCAAACCCUGGCGCCGCCAAGUUCAGCUCGGGACAUAGCGUGAUCCAGUUAGCCCGGAGACGGGAGCCUGAAUUACCUAGUACUGUUUCCAGCCCCAGAGCCGAAGCUGGCAUGAAGCUGGGAGCGCCGGAGGCUUACCCUCCCAGGCUGACCAAGCACAGGGCUGAUUUCCUGGAUCCAAAGGGGCAGAGUGGUUUGGACUUGGGUACUCCUAAGAUCUUACACAGCUCUGCAGACCAAGGCGGUUUAUACCGAGAUGGCCUAGGGACCCAGGCUGGCCGGCCUUCCCUCAUCGCUCGCAUCCCUGUCUCCAGGAUCCUCGGGGACCCUGAAGAAGAAGCUUGGAGCCCAUCUCUCAACAACUUGGAGAAAGUGGUCGUGACUGAUGUGACAUCCAAUUUCUUGACAGUUACCAUUAAGGAGAGCAGCACAGACCAAGGGUUCUUUAAGGAAAAGCGAUGAGUCCCCUUGGAGAAGAGGAAGCAUUUAAGGCUUUAGUAGAGCUUGGC